CCUCAGAAUCAAGCCACAGUACGCAUCGUGUUCCGGUUUCAGCCACAAACCCGCAGCCCAAAAAUGUUGCGCGAUGUGCCGCCAACAUGCGCCCCAUCAACCUGUUGGCUGACAGUUCUUCUUCUUUUUUGACGUAUUAUCAGGCUCCCUUCUUUUCGUUUUUUAAGCCGCGAACAAAAUAGCAACCUUCUCUUGUGCGCAAUCUCGAACCAUAACCCGAUCACUACCCCGCGCCGACCCCCUCCAUCAACACACCACCAUGGCCGAAGAACCCCCGACAAAGAGGAAGUGCCUCGGUGUUGACUGCGAAAACGAGGCUAGUUCCCUGCAGUGCCCGAAGUGUCUGAGCAUCGGCGUCAAGGACAGUUAUUUCUGCUCUCAAGACUGCUUCAAGAAGAACUGGGCCACGCACAAGAAGUCCCAUGCGCAAGAGAACAAAACCGGAUACUUCAACCCGUUCCCGACCUUCAACUUCACCGGACCCCUGCGGCCCGUUUACCCUCUUUCCGAGAAGCGCGAGGUGCCCAAAUCGAUACCGCAUCCCGAUUACGCCGAAGAUGGCAUUCCCAAGCUCGGCCGAUCAAUCGUCAGGUCCAACAAGUUUCAGCAGCUCGACGCCAAGGCCCAGGACGGCAUGCGCAAGGUGUGCCGGCUGGCGCGAGAGGUCUUGGACAUUGCGGCUGCGGCUAUCCGGCCAGGCAUCACGACCGACGAGAUCGACGACAUUGUACAUAAGGCCUGCGUUGAACGAAACUCUUAUCCGUCGCCCCUGAACUACAACCACUUCCCCAAGUCCGUAUGUACCUCGGUUAACGAAGUCAUUUGCCACGGGAUACCCGACAAGCGUGUGUUGCUCGACGGGGACAUUGUCAACCUUGAUGUCACCCUGUACCAUGAAGGUUACCAUGGCGACCUAAACGAGACGUACUACGUUGGCGAUCGGGCCAAAGCAGACCCUGACACGGUGCGCGUCACCGAGACGGCGCGGGAGUGUCUGGAAGAGGCUAUCAAGCUGGUGAAGCCGGGGACACUGAUCCGUGAGUUUGGCAACGUCAUCGAGGCCCACGCCAAGUCCAAGAACUGCAGCGUCAUCCGCACCUAUGUCGGCCAUGGCAUCAACAGCAUUUUCCACUGCCCGCCCAACAUCCCGCAUUAUGCCAAAAACAAGGCUGUUGGUGAAUGCAAGCCGGGCAUGACCUUUACCAUCGAGCCCAUGAUUGCACUGGGCAAGUACAGGGAUGUGACCUGGCCGGAUAACUGGACAAGCACGACGAUAGACGGGAAGAAGACGGCUCAGUUCGAGCAUACCCUUCUCGUGACGGAGACGGGCGUGGAAAUUUUGACGGCCCGACAGGAAAAUUCCCCUGGUGGACCGAUCCCCAUGCCGACGCCAACUGCUAACGGCACGAGCGCGGGCGAUAGUUAGGAGAAGCGAACAAUUCCCCAUAAUAUAAUACCGCGUGGGUUUCACUGUUUACCAGCACUUCCGAGGUUCCAUUAAAGGGGCAUUGCAACAACAAGCUCGGUGGUUUCUGGUGGGCCUAUGCUCGGCGUGAUUUGUUCUUGUCCUCGUCCGACUCUUGACGGGUGGAAAGUAACCCAGUGGAUUCCCGUAUAUCCCGUCUGGGAGAUCGACGCAUUUGACCAUUUGUUCCUGGCACUGCUCCCGUGCCUCCAGGCACCCGGGACCCGGGCAUCCAUUAGUGGUUCGCGCCGAGUUGGGACCCACCGCCGCGAAGCCAACGAGCCCGCAGGCAAGCGAGCUGGAGCUUGGACCAUUUGAAAACCAAGCGACUGCCGCGCCCCACUUGCAUCAUUUUUAGCACCGCCUG